AUGUUUCAUGAGGAGAAACCUCAAUGCGACAUGUGCUAUGUAGAUCCAGUAGGUUUUUCUGGUGGUCUGGCGUUAUGGUGGAAAGAUGAUGUAGACAUAGAUUUUCCUUGGCUGUGUGUUGGUGAUUUUAAUGAGGUGGGUUCUAUUUGGGAAAAACAAGGGGGUAAUGCUUGUAGUCGCUCCAGGAUUGAACAAUUCCAACAGCUUUUAUCAGAUUGUGAUUUUAUGGAUCUUGAGUUCAAGGGUCAGGCUUAUACAUGGUCGAAUAAUCAAGGGGGAUCAGAGAACAUAAGGGAGCGUUUGGAUAGAGCAGUGGCUAAUGUGGAAUGGAGGCACCUUUUCCCUUAUGCACAGGUUUUUCAUGAUCUUAUCCUGGGUUCUAACCAUGCUCCCCUCUUAGUUAAUUGUUGUGUCCAGCCUAAACGAGUGCCAUAUGGGUUUAAAUUUGAGUCUAUGUGGUGCACUAGUGAGGAGUGUGGAGAAAUUAUUGCAAAGGCUCGGAACGACAGUCAAAGUGGAUCAGAGCAAUUGAUGUUGGCAAAGAAGCUGACCAAGUGCAAGGAAGCUUUAAAGGUGUGGAGUAGGCAAACUUUCGGAAACAAUUUGGAAAAAGUCAAGGAGCUUAAAACCCAGCUGGGGUUUAUUCAAAACAAACCCUUUUCGGAGGAAAAUUUUCUACAGGAGAAAGCCAUCAAAGAAGAGUUGGAGAUUACACUAUUGCGUGAGGAGAUGUAUCAACAUCAACGAUCCAAGCUCAAUUGGAUCAAUUAUGGAGAUCAGAACACCUCCUUCUUUCAUGCAACUGUAAACCAAAGACGGCAAAGGAACCAACUCACCAAGAUUAAAGACAGCAAUGGCAAUUGGAUUUCAAAGGAAAGAGAGAUUAAUGAGCAUUUAUCUGGUUAUUUCUCAACCUUGUUUAAAACUGGUGGCCCAAGAGAUUUCGAUUCAAUCCUACAAAAGGUGGAAUGCUACAUUACAGAUGAAAUGAAUAGGAAGCUAACCGGGAUGGUGACAGAUGUGGAAAUCAAGGAAGCUGUGUUUCAACUUGGAGCUCUCAAAACUCCAAGUCCUGAUGGUUUUAAUGGGCUUUUCUACCAACAGUUUUGGGAUACAGUGAGUUUGGAUGUGGGUUCAGCGGUCAAGGGAUUUUUCAACGAGGGCAACCUCUUGAGAAAUUUCAACUUCACAAAUUUGGUUCUCAUUCCCAAGGUGCACUUUCCCGAGUCUCUCUCUCAACUCAGACCCAUUAGCCUUUGUAAUUUCUGCCUUAAGAUCAUUACAAAAAUCCUGGCAAAUAGUAUCAAAAAGUUUCUAAAAAUUAUCAUCUCCCCAAAUCAAUCUGCUUUUGUUCCCGGAAGGAUGAUACAAGACAGUAUCCUCAUUGCUCAUGAGUCUUUUCAUUUCCUGAAACGCAAGAAACAAGGCAAGGAAUUCUUUAUGGCAGUUAAGCUUGAUUUCAACAAGGCCUAUGACAGAGUGGAAUGGGAUUUCCUUGGUGCUUUGAUGAAGAAAAUGGGCUUCGCUGAAAAAUGGGUUAAUUGGGUUAUGGAAAGUGUGACCUCGGUGGAUUUCUUAGUCUUGGCAAAUGGUGAGGAGAAGAUAAACGAAGGCCAGCUUGCAGGUAUGCGCAUUAAUAAACAUUGUCCUGUUCUUUCACAUAUUUUCUUUGCGGAUGAUGCCAUGUUAUUCUUGAAAGCUGAGUUGAAUGAAUGCAAAGUUAUUAAGAAUGUACUGGAAGAGUAUGGUAGGGCAACAGGGCAAAUGGUUAAUUUUGAAAAAUCUGGUAUCUAUUUUUCUUCUAAUAUGAAUGAUACAGAUAAAAUAUUGUGUUGUGAUUUUCUCGAUUUCAAACAAAUGAAGGGAGAUUCAAAGUAUUUAGGUCUCCCAACUUUCUGGGGGAGAUCCAAAGCUGAGGCGUAUACUUUUCUAGUUGAGAAAGCGAUGGGUAAAAUGCAAGGAUGGAAGAAUAAGUUGAUUUCAAUGGGUGGAAAGGAGAUACUCAUAAAAUCAGUGGUCCAAGGAAUUCCAACUUUUGCAAUGGCUUGCUUUUUAUUACCUAAGAAGUUGUGCGAGAAGCUGGACUCUUUGACAAGGAAUUUCUGGUGGAAAGGGAACCCGGAGGAUAGGGGUAUAUGCUGGACUUCUUGGGAAAACAUGGGCCAAGCCAAGGACCAAGGUGGGAUGGGAUUUCGAAACUAUCGAGCUUUUAAUGAAGCUAUGCUUGCACGAAAUGGCUGGAGAAUGUUGAUGAAUCCAAAUGCUUAUUGGGCUAGGUUUUUCAAGGGAAUCUAUUUUUCAAACUCAUCCUUUCUCCAAGCAUCAAGAGGUAAUCGAGCUUUUUGGGCAUGGUUGAGUCUUUUACAUGGUAGAAAUCUUCUCCUCAAGGGGCUUAGAUGGCAAGUGCAAGACGGCAGAAGUAUAGAUUUUUGGGCUGAUGCUUGGAUUCCUUCUUUGCCUAAUUUCAAAGUUCCCAUUCCUAAACCUGCCAACAGUGCUAUUAACAAGGUGGUGGACAUCAUCGAUUUUAAUUCUGGGCAAUGGGAUAUUCAGAAAAUGUCAGUAGAAGUACCAGUGGAGGUAGUGAAUGCAAUUCUGGAAAUUCCUCUAGCCCAUGUGGGUAGAACUGAUCAAUUAGUGUGGCACUUUAACCCCAACGGAUGCUACUCAGUUAAAUCAGGGUAUCAUAUUGCGCUACAGAAUCUAAGUGAGAAGGUUUCCAACAAGCCUGGGACAUCUUUCAAGUUAGCGAAAGAAGUUUGGAAAGUUUUAUGGAAGAUGAAAGUUCCAAACAAGGUUAAAAACUUUUGGUGGCGCGCUUGCAGAAAUAUUUUAGCAACAAAGGAAAAUCUCUUCAAAAGGAGAUGUGCACAAGAUAACCUUUGUCCUAUAUGUGAUUGUGAAGUGGAAUCUAUUGACCAUAUGCUCUUUCUGUGCCCUUGGGCCAACAUGGUGUGGUUUGGUUGCAACAUUAAACCCUUCGGCGACUUAUGGGGCAAUGGUUCAGCUAUCAAGUGGGUAGAUGAUAUGGUUAAUGUGUUGGGCACCAAGAAAGGUAUUGAGUUUCUGGGAAGAGUUGCUGUUAUUGCUUGGCAUAUCUGGAAAGGGAGGAAUGAUUUCGUGUUCAAUAGAGUAGCAGUAAGUCUGCGGAGGACUAUCGAUUCCAUUCUCCAGGCGGAGAUGGAAAGUUCUUCUACUCAAGUGAUACCUACAGUCCAAAUGGACAACCCACUAAAUCAGGAGGAGACAUCCACCUGGAGGGCUCCAAACAUAGGCAAAUUCAAAGCCAAUUGCGAUGUGGCUUUUCCAAUGCCUGGAAAAAAGGGUAAAGUUGUCGCGGUUCUUCGAAACUGGAAGGGAAAGGUGAUGGAAGGCGUAGCGAGCUUGGGCUUGAAAGAGGUAGAAGUCGAGUCUGAUAACAAGCAAGCGAUUACCCUUAGCGUUUCUGAGUUGGUUCCCCCAUGGUCUGUGAGAGCUGUGGUGAUGGAUAUUCGUGAUUAUGCAAAGGAGGGUGCUCUCUUUCUCAAAUGGGUGAAGAGAUCGGCGAACAAGGUGGCCCAUGAAGUUGCAUCUUUAGCUUUAAGAAAAUCUCUACCAUGUAAUUGGGUUUUUAAUCCCCCUACUUCUCUUGUAACAGUUUUGGAAAAGGAUAUUAAUGAAAGCCUCUAA